AUGGCAUGGAACAAGAACCAGGUUGCUCGUGAAAUCUACUUGGUUUGCAAUGCUGCUCGGUGGGACCCUCAUGACAACGAAGUCAGGCAAAUGGCCUUCCAGUUAUUUGGAAACCCUGGAAAUACAAAGCAUUUUCUGGAAGACGCAUUCUCACACCUCGCUGAUGUUGCCAAACGGUUUGCUCGUCACAGCAAAAUGUCCAAGUGGCUGAAGUUCUUCUACAUGACUUGCGUGCCAACCCAAGAUGAGUUGAAGUGGCCACGACUUGACGCAACACCAGAGGACUUUACUGCGGCAAUGAAACAGUCCAAUCGAAUGACCCCAACGGGCAAGAGAUCAGGAAAGGUGUUCACUUUGCCUGAAACCUUUAAACUGCCUAAAGCCUUGAACUUCACUAUCAAGAAUCUGAAGCAGGUGGACAGGAGUGCUGGCACUGCUGCAAACCAAAGGGCAGCUGCAGCGACAGCGUGGGUGCUCUCCAACUCGCAGUCCAAUUUCCGUCACGUCUACAUCAUGGCCACAGAGAAUUUCUUCAAGGGUGCUUUGCCGACGUGCAUGAUGAAUUCAGAGAUCACCGGGGAAGCCAGAUGGAAAAUGCUACCAACCACGCUCCUGUUGCCAAGCCAGCUGCCAGUCGAAUUGCGAACAUAUGGCUCUGUGUGGCAAGUUACAGGAGAACCACAACCGUUGUUGGCGAGUGCUGUGAUGGCCGGCUUGUUCCUGACCCUGUCAACCCUUCAGUCCCUGCAUGCCAUGUUGAAGUUCAAGCUUCCGGACAAGGGUCAGGGAUCAGGCAAGAAUGGAGGAAUCGUCAAACAUGAUUACAGUGAAGCUCUGGUCAACAUGCUUUUCCCUGAAGCAACCCCAAGUGAACGAAAACGGAUGGUAGAUUGCCUCGAUGGUCGAACAGUCUCUCGUGUGAAAUGCCCAGCUGACGUCAUCAACGCAGUCAAAGAACUAGGUGUUGACGGGGAGAGAGAUUUCCACCACCUUCACCAAGUUGCUUUGAACCAAGAACUUGUGGAGAAAGAGAGGGCAUUCCAUGGUCCGCGGGCUCCCACAGAAGAACGUGCAGAACAAAGAACGUUCACCCCACGGUCACUGAAGAGCCUUUUGCCAAGUGGUGCUGGAAUUGGCUGUAGCAGGAACCCACUACUCUGCCGCUACCAGGCCUUGCAUAGUGGACAAGUUGCAGGAUUUCUGACCACACACGCUGCGACUUGGGGUGGUCCAGUUCGCAACCUUUCUGAGUUUGAAGCAUUGCGAGAGUGCAUCAUCGCUUUCAUUUGGACAAAAGAGAAAUUGCUUCGUCCUGAACAAGCUGAGGCUGAGAACCA